AUGGUGCCCAUCGCUCUUGCCAUCAAUCGUCGCUCGCUCCCAUUGCAUGUGAAUGCCUCGCGGCAUCAAUGUUUGCGUGAAGACGUGGGUGUGAGUCUUCGGUCGCUUCGCUUCGUUCCGGCGAAAGACGUUCCUGGCCAACUCUCGUCCAAUGUCCACAACGGCCGGAACAAAAAGCCAGCCCAGCGUCUGCUCGCCCCGCCCGAGCUCCACAACCCGAGGAAUCGCACUUCAGCACGAAUGACCAAAUCAGCAAAGCACACCCGUCGCUAUUCCAUGCGGACGAUGGCCUGGAUGGCCGCUCUGUCCGUGCUGGUUCCCGCCAUCUUCGUCGUGGCCGCGCUGCACAGAGACCCGGCCGCGCUGCUUGAGCGGCAUCCUCGAUCCGUCGGCACCGAGAACGGGCCAGAAUCGCACCUUACCCAGCAACAGCAACAGCAACCGCAACAGCCGCAGUUCGCGCGGCCUCCGGUGCCGUUCUCGUCGCGGCCUUCAGCGUCGUCAGCCCUGCUGCCGGUGCGCCCGGCGAGGGGCCUUGAUCUGCGGUUCAUGACGCUGUCAUACUGGACGGACGCCUUUGGAAGCUCUGCCAGAGCAUACGAUGAUGUGUCCGUGCCAAGCAGCAAGCCCGGCGAGCCGAGUCCGCAGACCAGCAGCCAGCCGGCGCCUUCCUGGGGCCCUGUCUCGGAUUAUCUCCAAGUCGAGGGAUGGAGCAUCCUGGUGCACUUUGUCGGCUCGACGGCGGCAACGUUUGCGACGCUAUACUGGAUGCUUCCGUUCUUUGUGCCCAGGCGGAUCUCAAGCCGCAAGGACGACAUUGCGUUUCUGAGCUCAGUGUGA